GUGCAGCCCGUUUUCUGGCCGAGGGCAACGUGGAGGUGGCGGAUGAUCUCUGGGUAGGCCGCCGCACUUGCGAGAUGAAGAAUACGCUUCUCAGAUACAAGAUCCAAUGAAUCAGUAUUCAGUAAGGCCUUGACUGCUAAUGAGUUACCGGUCGCAACUGCUAGAGCUAGGACUGUUCUUCCGGUGCUGUCUCUGGUGUUAGGGUCGGCACCCUGCUCCAGCAACAGGUUCAGCAUACAGUCCCCUCUCGCUUGCUCCAGAGGCCUCUGAGAGCGAUACCAGCUUCGCUCUCUAUAAACAGCGAACGAUACAGCAGUGCGGUCAUCAGCGUCGCGGGCGUCAAGAUCAAUCGCGUCGUUCCUUAGCAGGCACCGUACGAGGUCAUGAUGGCCGUUUCGGACGGCAACCAUGAGCGCCGUUCUGCUCUUCCUACCCACCCUGGCAUUGACGUUGACCUUUUUUGUCUUGAGAAGCAUGUCCACAAUCUCGAUCCGUUGCCUCUGUUCCUCGUCCAGGCGCGGUGUCUUUGUCCGGGGUAUUCCCUGGAUACUAUCAACGAGCGUCACAUCUCCUAUCGCUACAUCCAGUUUCAAAAACUGCUCUACCGUGUCGCUAUGUCCCUUGAGGCAGGCAUAGCGCAAGGGAGAGCACCCAUGUCG